CAUUAUUCAAAACGCAAUGUCGGUGGCAUACUACCCAACGCCCCAUUUCUCGAUGGUCGAACCAUUCCAAGCGAACGGGUUCGCUUCACUGAACGUACAGCGGCCCACACAGCCGCCGCCACGCCUCCACACGAACGCUUCGCCGUCGGUCCACAAGAAACCAGUCGAAGCCAAGCGCCAGUGGCGCGGGACAUGCCGAUACAAGUCGGGUCGGUGCUCCAACGAACGCACGCUCAAGUUCAACGGCGAGAUCCACACCAUGUGCGAAGAACACCGCAUCCGACACAACAACAACCAACGGCGAUCGGAUUUGAAGCGUCGCAUCAAGAAGGCCCCGGAAAUCACAAGCCUUUCGUACCAAGGAUCGAUGAUGCAUCUGAUGCACUCGCCUUCCGGUACUGCGAGCAGUUGCAAUAGCCUGCUACGACCAGCCUUGCAGAAGCAACUAUUUGAAGCGUUUGACCUGGCGUCCAAAGGGCAUGAUGACUCGAUGAUGUUGUCUCCCGAAGCCAUGGAGGCAAUCAACAUGCUCGACGCCGACGACGACAGCCCAGUUCAACUGGCGUCCUGCACAAUGGAAUUGACCCCCCACGAAGUCCAUAUCCUCCACUCGAUUCUCGGCAUGGACGACGAAUGCAUGGGUUGAAGACACCUAGAGGGCCCAACAGUGCACUCGUGAUCCUCUUCCCCUUUGGACCAUAUUUACCAAUUGAUUAUUCGCCGAUUGCGGCGCGCAUGGCCGUGCCAAGAGGCGCGGCUGUAAAGGAAAAUCAACGUAUUCAUUGGUUCUUGAUGUCUGCGAGGGUCAUUUACACGCGUGUGGUGCAAUUGCGCAAGGUCAAGUCGCAUCUCGGAUGUCGAUAAGCCGCGCCAAGCUCGACGUCGCACCUUCCACGUCGCGGAGAACAAGUUAUAGUAUACACCUUCCUUGUUCAACUUAAAAAUGUUGGUGAAGUUGGCAGUGA